UCUCCCUUUCACACUUCUAGUGGUUCUUGCUUUCAACCUGCUGCCGGGCAGCCAUGGCAGCCUUUUUGCGGGACGCGCAUGGUGACAGCGCAGCGUUGAAUUCUGAGUUGUGAUUCAAGAUACCCUAAGACCCUAAGACACCGACAAUCCCCCCCAGCCCUCGCCCGGUGUCUUUGUGCCACCUCACAGCCGCAUGUAACGUAAUGGCUUGGCCGCUUGGGCUAAGGAAGCUGUGCAUGCUUGUGAUUGGCAUCGGCUACCUUUUUCCCAUUGCAGCAAUCUGGGCGGCCUUUGACUACUGGAAGGUCCUUUUCCCUGACGCCAAUGUGGAGUUUGCAGUAACUGCACUGUAUCAGGUUGGCUCCAUCAUCACUGUUGCCGCUUUGUCAUUCACAGACUCCUUUGUGCUUGGGCGCCGCAUCCUGGGUGGCUUCUCGGGGCAAUUUCUAUGCCUUGCUGGCAUCCUUGCUUUCAGGUGGCUUCCUGUCGCACCAGCGAUGCUUUAUCAUCUACUGCUUGGAGUUGUUUUGCUGUGCUCGGUGGCGACUGGCUACUUAGACUCGGCGCUUCUUUCACUGUGCUCACAGUACAGCUCAAACAUGCAGCAGUACUUGCAGAUAGGUAUUGGCUUUGGUACCCUGGUUUCGGUCAUUUACCGCGACGCGACCAAGCUGCUUAUGUCCCAUGACAUUGCGGACGCUACAUGUGCCUAUUUCAGCAUUGCUUUGGUCACAGUCAUUGUGUGCAUUUUGGCAUACAGGCUCCUCAUGACACUUCCAGUCUCACGGCACGUGACGGACAGAACGGACCUUGACGAGAAGCUGUUGGACAAAGCCUCCCGCUUGGAGUCACCACUGCCAUAUGCUUGUGGCUUCAGCCCUUGUGGGGCGAAAGACUCUGAGGAGUCUGCACUUGGGCCCAGUGACUUCAAUUGCGAGGCUGGCACGAGCUUCAGAGCCGUGCUCAAAAUGGUGUGGUUUAACCAAUUAGUGAUUUUUGCCAAUUUCGUGCUCACGUCUUUUUGCUACCCCGGACUCAUCACCGCAAUUCCUUGUAGGCAGAUGGAGUGGUUGCGAAGGGGUCACUGGUUUCAGACAAUCCUCCUUACAGUGUUUACAUUGUUUGACAUUUCAGCCCGAUUCAUCACGCAUAUUCGGUUUGGCCUCUACUAUGGAAACAUCCAGUGGACUGCCGUCAUACGAGCUAUUCUACUUCCUUUGAUGAUCUAUUGUGCCGCCGUUGAGACAGGUAGCGACCUCCUCUCUAUGGCCGUCGUUGCGGCGUUUGGUUUCCUGAACGGAUACUGCGCGUCCUUGAGCCUGAUCGUCAUCAAUGAAAUCCCCAGCCUAAGCACCGAGCAGCUGAAGACGUGUGGACGAAUUUCCGCCUGCUCUGUGAACAUUGGCCUUUGCGUAGGCUCACUUGGGGCCUCUGCCUUGGCCAGUGCCCUCUUGAAAGCAAACUAGUCGCCUUGCCAGCACUGUAAAGUUGCAGCUUUAAACGCGCGACAUGCAAGUGCUUCAGUAGAAUGUUCAAGACAUUUUAAGACUCUUUGCUGCCGCAAUGCAGCUGAAGAUGAUCUAAUUCUGCGACCACGACGGUUGAUGAAGUGAA